GAAAGUAACACAACACUGUAAAGCAAUUAUACUCCAAAAAAGUUGUUUUUAAAAAAUGCAUAUACUAAAAAAAAAGACAAAAUGCAUUUUGAUUGUAUAUCAUGAUAAAAAUAAGCAAAAUAUAUUAAUAUAUAUUUUUUGCAACUACAUAUAGCUCUCCAUCCCUGCAGAGAGAAAAAAAGAAGUAUACAUUAUUUGUGAAAUCAAUGUCUCCCCUUCUGAGAAGUAAAAUGUGGACUUAAAAAUGUGUACAAAUAUUUUUCCCAUCCUCUGAUAGAAGAGGAACAUAGACAAUGUGUCUUUCAAGGAAAGGAGGCAAUCUUCUUGGCUCUGAAAUAGUUUUGUUUAUUCACAUGCUAGUCUCCUGAAGAAAAACCCUUUCUCUGACUAGUCAAGCUAAAACUAAACUAGUCAAGCUAAAAUUCCCACAGGUUUUCUCGUGUUUCUUGUUAUUCAAUGUAAAGAAGAAAAACACUUUAUCAAAUUGUUUUCCUACUAAACUUGUCUUUACUCACCUAAAAUGCAGCCUUAAACUUUAUUAUAUAGACUUACAGGUUAGAUAAUUCCUUGAAGGCAUGAAACACAGUACAGAAUAUAUAGUUGUUUAAAUAGUGUCUAGUAAAUGUAAAUGAACUUAAAGUGAGUGUUCUAUAUUUUUCUCCUUCCCUCUUUCCCACCUAAGUCCAAGUCCUGUGAUUCAUACCUUAUAAAUGCUCAGGCUAAGUUUUGGUGUUGAAGAAAACAGAUCAGAGAUAGAGAGAGAGAAGAGGAAGCACUAUUCCAUCACAUAUUUCAUUAUAUUGCAGCCAUUAUUCAUAGCCACUUUAAAAAUAAUUGAUUUGGAAAAUCAUUCACAGUAUGUUAAGUAUAAUAGAUAUACCAUAUGCAAUGUGAUCUUGGUUUUCUAAUAUAUUUAACUAUAGCUGUGUAAACAUUUGCAUGAAAACAUUUACAUAAACAUUCCCUUGUAUAGCUAUAUGUAUGCAUAAUAUCUGGGUGACGUUUCGAGUUCUGUCUCUUGGAUUGCAAGUCAUUUUAAACUUUUUUUCAUUCUUAUUCCAGACUUUCUGCAAGAAGCAUGUAUAAUUCAAUAAACUGAUAUCUUUAAAUAAAUAUCGUUUUAUAGUGAUAUAAAGAAAUGAUAGAAGGGGACCAGACUGAGACAGAUGUCAGUUGUUUUAUGACUGAUGACAGUAAUCCAAGUGAGAAAUGUGAGGACCAGAAAUGCAGGGAUAAUGACAAAUUUGAGAGAUAUUUAACAAAGUAAAACCAACAGAAGUUGGGGUUGGGGAUGAAUGAUGGGGAUGGUGGAGAAUAAAUGAGAAAAGUGAGGAGUCCAAGGUAUGAUGGGUUGGAUGAUUGUGCCAUGCCCUGAGACAGGAAAUACAGUGGACUCUCUGUACAGUGGGGAGUCGGGAGGAGAUGGUGUUUUGGGGACUGCUGAGUUUGAGAUGCCUGGGGACCUCUAGACAAAGACAGCUUAGUAGACAACAGGAUACAGGUCUGGCACCUCAGAGUGAUACCAGUUGAGUAUACAGGUUUAGGAGUCAUAUCAUUAAUUUUUUCAUAACGAACCCCACGGAGAGUGUAGAGAGAAGCAUUCUGAACUGAGGAUGAAGCUCUAGGGAAGGGUGAGGUGAAUAAAGGGAGAGGAGGCUGACGAUGCUAAGCCCAAGGAGAAAAUCAGGAGAGUGUGACUUAGUGAAACCAAGGGAAGAGAAUUUCAAAAAGAAAUGGACAUGGCAGAGAUGAGAAAUUUCAGGUAAGAUUAAAGACUAUUCUUUGGGGUGUUAAGAUCUUUAUUGAGCUUAAUGAAGCUUUUCUUUGGUGGAGUAGUUUGAGAAGGGAGCAGGAGGUCAUAGGUUGGAUAAGUGAAUGUAGAUUACCCUCUCAGGAAGCACAGGUUUAAUAAAGAGGGUAAUAGUUCCAUAGCUAGAUGGGGACAUAGGCGAUUUUAUACCUCCUCGACUCCACUUCCUCACCUAUAAAAGGAGAAAAAUAAUGCCUGUCUAGCCAUGGUGUCAUGAGGAUUAAAAUCUAUUACUAAUAAUAUUUUAUGUUAGAUUGACUGUUUUAUAAUAGAUUGAUUCAGUGAAAGGACAGAAGAACAAUUUGCUGCUAAUCACCAUGUUUUCAUUUUCAUCAUAUCUUCAUCAAAGUCAGGUGAAUAACAACGCACAGAGUUGAUUGGCUUUAUAUUUCCCUAGUUCAGGUUUUUUGAUUGUAUGUAACUGAGUUUGUCCUCAGAAAAUAUUAACAUAUCAUUCCUUUGGCACUUAGAACAAGGACAGUUCAAGUUUGGUCUGAGCAUAAAUGGAGUUAAGGUGGAACAUUUCCUCCCUCACCCACCUUUACAAACUGAAGAAAUGGCCUCAGAUGGAGAGUUUAAGAGCAAAUGUCACUUGCUUUAUGGAUCAGUUUGACCCACUGAGAAUUCCUGUUGUGGAUUAGUUCAAUAUUCAAACAUUUCUUUAGAUCCAACUCAUGAAAUAUCUAGCCACUUUUCAAGUUCUGACUUAAGAUUUCAAAAGACUAUCUGAGUCUGUGCUUAAAUGAAGUCAUACAGCUGUGGACGUGACAUAACAAUUGUUGCCAGCUCAUAGGGAAAUAGGCAACAGCAGGGAAUGCCAGGUCCACGGUACUGGUGCAGGAAGCAGGCAACUACUAUGAGUUAUCCUAGUCAAAUCCAAGGCUCAAAGUUAGCAAAUUUCCCAGGAAAGCAAUGAUAGAAGCCACAAACCACAGUUCAUCUCUCAAGCUACCAAAAACGCUACAGGAUUAAGCCAAAAUGACAACUGCUCAAUUUGACUGUCAACACUGCACGGCAUCACUUCUUGGGAAGUAUGUACUAGAGGAUCACAAUCCACACCAUGUUACUUGUUAUGAUCGUACCUCUGCUAACUAUUGUGAGGAGUGCAAAGAACCAAUCGAAUCAGAUUCCAAGGAUCUUUGUUACAAAGGUCAUCACUGGCAUGAAGGAUGCUUCAAUUACGCCAAAUCCAAUCAGUCUUUGGUGGAAAAGCCUUCUGCUGCCAAGGAUGAGUGCCUGCUGUGCUCCGAGUACUAUUCUAACGAGUGCUCCUCCCAGUGCUUCCACUGUAAGAAGACCAUCAUGCCUGGUUCCCGGAAAACGAAAUUUAAGGGAAACUACUGGCAUGAAACCUGCCUUGUGUGCGAGCAUUGCCGACAGCCAAUAGGAGCUAAACCUUUGAUUUCCACAGAGAGUGGCAAUUAUUGUGUGCCGUGUUUUGAGAUGGAGUUUGCUCACUACUGCAGCUUUUUUAAGGAGGUGAUGACUUCAGGUGGGAUAAUGUUUUGUGACCAGCCAUGGCAUAAAGAGUGUUUUCUGUGCAGUGGCUGUAGGAAAGAGCUCUGUGAAGAAGACUUUAUGUCCAGAGAUGAUUAUGCAUUCUGCUUGGACUGCUACAAUCAUCUUUAUGCCAAAAAGUGUGCCACCUGCACCAAGCCUAUUAUUGGUCUCAGAGACACCAAGUUUAUCUGCUUUCAAGACCGCCAGUGGCACAGCGAAUGCUUUAACUGUGGGAAGUGCUCAGUCUCCUUGGUGGGGAAAGGCUUCCUGACUCACAACAAGGAAAUCUUCUGCCACCAAUGUGGCUCUGGGGUGGACACUGACAUGUAG